AUGGGUUUUUUCAUUGCCAAUGAGUGGAAGCAUGUUGCUAAAUCCAGUGUCUUCUUACAUGAUGAAGGCUAUUUUGUGAUAAAAUUUAGUUCAAAAAAAGAGAGGGAUGAUGUUCUGAAAGCUGGACCUUAUACCUUUUAUGGCAGACCUAUGAUAACAAAACCAUGGUCCUCUGGAUUUAGUUUUCAAGAUGAAAUACUUCGUGUCAUUCCUGUGUGGGUGAGGCUGCCUAACCUCCCUUUAUGUUGUUGGGGGAGUGAUUCUCUUAGUAGAAUUGGGAGCUUGAUUGGAGUUCCAUUGUUUGCUGAUGAUUGCACUUCGAAACAAUUAAGGAUAUCAUUUGCUAGACUUUUGAUUGAGGUUGAUGUAACUAAGGAGCUUCCUAAGGAAGUCCUGAUUCAAGAUCACUUAGGUGUUACCAUCAAGCAGAAGGUGGAGUAUGAUUGGCUCCCACCUUUUUGUAAAGAUUGUAAUGCUGUUGGCCAUGACUGUAGAGUAAAAAAGAAUGUGGGGGUUAGAUUACAGACUGCUACAACUGGACCAACACAGCAGAAAACUCAGAAAGUUUGGAGACCUAAGAAAGUUGUUGAGAAAGAAAUUGUAGUUCCUACAUCUGAGAUAAUACAGGAAUUGGUUAUACCAUCUGUAAUUGACAAAGUUGUUCCUGUUGGAGAUGUUUACACUCCAAAAACAGACACCACAGUUGCUCUGGAUGAUGGUUGGAGAGUGGUUUCAAGGAGGAGAAAGGAAGCUAAAACCCCAAACAUCUUUCUUGGCCUAGCCCAAGUCCAUGCAGCUGUUGCAGGAAUUUCAGAAGAGGAGGGUGGAAGUGAGGGGGAGGGUGAGGAGUUUCCUCCAUGA